AUUUACGUUACCACAUGGAGUUUACAUCCGGCUAAAUAUUGAAGGUUGCAGAGAAAAUAAGGUUGUCAAGAAAUAUACCGCAAAAAUGGGUCUUAUGCGGGGCCGUGCCCCCAUCAGAAGGACGAUGGAAUACUUAAAGCAAGGGAAACUUUUUCUCAAACCAAAUUUGAAAAUUAUGUUGUCAAAUGUAAUUCCCAACCACCCUGCUAGCUCUGGUCUACAAGAAUUUAUAUUUUGGCAUCUUCCACAACUGCAGUACAAAAACCAAGAAGUCCAGUUCCUUACAUUUCGAUGUAUAUCACCAACACCAUACAUUCAAUUUAUCAACAUGCACGGAGAAUCCAUUGCCAUGGACUGCUACGGACAGAAUAAAGAAGACGUCUACGAGAAGUUUUUCAAAACAUUUUGUUACACAGACUUGGACUUAAUAACAAAGAUUAGAGACCAGCAAAUGUAUGGUUCCGAUCUGAAAAACAAUCGACCUGAAAAUUUUGGGCCAAAAUUCCGCCGGAACUGUAUUUGUCUUGUUGACGGACAAGUGCCUUGUCCGGCAUUUGAGACAUUGCCAAAAGAGCUGCGCGGAAAAUAUACUCCUUUAAAUACCAGGAAUAAGUGGCGUAAAAUUGAGGAAGCAUUGUUACAGAAAGGCCAGGAGACUGAAGUUUGAAAUGAUGUCUGACAGAUCAAAAGACGCUUAAUGUUGCAAUCAAGAGCUAAGAUUUACUGGCUCUUGGUUGUUAUAGAUUUCAUUGUCAGGGGAGAUUAGUGGACUCUCUCUGUUUACAAGAUAUACCAGGUGCAAGAUAUUGCGAUGUAAAAGACAUUUCCAAUUUUUAACAGUUUUCUGUAUUUUCUGCACUAACAGUGUACAGUAACUGUAUAUACCUGACUCAUGAAAUGUUAGAACAUGUAAUUAAUUGUUUUCAUUGAUUUAAAAGUUUUAUACAUCAUCA